UGCAUCUGUCCUGACCUGCACGCCGACCUACUCUACGACGAGGGCAGCGCAGUGCACUGCGCCCACCCUAGCUGCUGCCGCCACGCCUACGGCGACCCCGGGUCAGGAGAGGAGGCAGCGGGGCAUUGGGGCGCCUUAGCCAAGUGCGACAUCCCACUGCGCACUCUAGUCGACCUUCUCGAGCAAGCGGCGCGCACGAAGCCUGACCUUGUCUACGUAACGGGCGACCUCCCUCCCCACGACGUGUGGGCGCAGAGCCACGCCACCAAUCUGCUCGCCAUCAACAAGUCCGUGCAGCUCAUUGCCAGGCACUUCCCUGAUGUGCCCAUCCUACACACUAUAGGAAACCACGAAUCAGCGCCCGUUAACAGUUUUGUGGUUCCAUCUGCAUAUGCUGAUGGCUGGAGCAUGGGUUGGCUGUACGACAGUUUAGCUGAAAUGUGGGCGCCAUGGCUACCCAAAGAGGCACUGCCAGAUGUACGGAAAGGUGGUUACUUUUCGUACUCUCCAGUGCUAGGAUUGAGAAUUUUGUCUGUCAAUAUGAACUACUGCAAUACUCAGAACUGGUGGCUCUUACUGGAGAACGACGACCCAGCAGAGCAGCUGCAGUGGCUGGUCGAGCAGCUGGCGUCGGCAGAACUGGCCGGGGAGCACGUGCAUCUGCUGGGCCACAUUCCUCCAGGCGGGGGCAGCUGCGAUAACAUUUGGUCCCAUAAUUUCAACCUUAUUGUCGCCAGGUACGAGUCGACGAUAAGGGGAAUGUUCUUCGGCCACAACCACGGAGACUCUUGGCAGAUCUUGUAUGACCCUGACGAUUACGUGAGGCCAGUUGCUGUUGCAUUCAGCGGCCCUUCGGGCACCAGCGGGUCUACCCACAACCCUUCCUUCCGCGUGUACACGGUGGACGGCGGGCACAGCAAGGCCACUUGGACGGUGCUUGACAUGGAGACCUACAACAUGAACAUGACUCUGGCUAACCUCGAGGGUGGACGACCGGAAUACGCACUCAGGUAUCAAGCACAGGAGAGUUAUGGUGUGCCGUCUCUCACUCCAGCCUCCCUUGACAGCUUGGUCGUUGCCAUGGCCACCGAUGCAGAGCUUUUCCGAACGUUUUUGAGGAAUGUGAACAACUAUUGGGAUGAACCGACGGAGGUUUGGGCGUGCGACGACAAGGAGUGUCGGAAGCGGCAGUUGUGCAAACUGGUGAAGGGCGACUCCUCCAGCAGGGAGCCGUGUCGCCGCAUCGAAGACAUUGUGGACGGCGCCCCGGCGGCUGUUGACAAAAACGAGAUGUGAUGCAAGGCGAGGUGGACGAAUUUGCAUAUAUCAUGUAAGGUACACCUUUACAUCAAAUAAGAUCUUCACUGCAGCUGUAAAAUUGACUUUAGUAAAGAACAUCUGGGUAAUUGUGCAA